CAUAAUAGAAAAAAUAGAAUUUUUGUUGAAUUUUUAAGAAAAUUUUUAAAAUUAUUAGUUAUAAUUAAAUAAAUAUACCAUAAAAUGUCCUCUACUAAUGAUUCACAACAGUAUAUGAAUGAAUACAUAAAACGGGAAGAUGAGGACAUGUCUGGAGAUGAAGACUCCGACAAUCGUCAAACACAUUCCGGUUAUAUGUUAAGGGAACAGGAUCGUUUUCUGCCAAUAUGUAAUAUUAUAAAAAUCAUGAAAGUUCCUGUUCCCGAAAAUGGUAAAAUAGCCAAAGAUGCUAGAGAAUGUAUACAGGAGUGUGUGUCUGAAUUUAUAUCGUUUAUUACGUCGGAGGCCAUAGAGCGCAGUAUGUCGGAGAAUCGUAAAACAGUGAAUGGUGAUGAUUUAUUGUAUGCUUUUGCCAAUUUGGGUUUUGAUAAUUAUGUGGAGCCAUUGUCGGUGUAUUUACAUAAAUAUAGAGAGGCCACCAAAUGUGAUCGUAAUCUUUUAAGUGAAAGUUCUAUACUGCAGGAUGAUUCCUCAAGUGAUAUUCGUAAGACCUGAACCAAAACGUAGAGCACACUUUUUGUUUUAUUAAAAAAAAACAUUUAUGAUUUUUACUUUUCAAAUAAUUCUUCACAUUAUACAAAAACAAAAAGAUUUAUUAAUUAAUUUGUGAUUAAAACCCUAUAAAAGCCUAACUCAGUUGUCAAAAACCUAAGUUGUGUAAAUGUUUUUGUAAAAAAACGAUGAAAACAUAAUUCUUUUACUAAUCCAUUUACCCAACUUAGAUUUUUGACAACUGAGUUAGGUCUUUGAGAAGAGAGUUUCCGAUCUAUGAUUAAAACAUUUAUCACAAACCGAAUCAACCAAACAAACAAUCCAACAACCUCUCACAAAAAUACCUGACAUAUCGACAAAAUUUUAUAUUAUUUUUUUUCAAAUUUAAUUUUGAUACUUUAUUUAAUAUGUUUAUAAAUUAUAAUUUAAGUAAUUUUAACUAAUUUGUUUUAAUUUAAGUUUUGUUUAAUUGAACAAAAACUAAAAAAAAAUUAAUAAAAUUUUAAAAUUUUUUACCGCAAA